AUGGACGCGAGCACAAAAUGGAUACAGAAUGGAAUUACUGUAGCUGGGGAUCAUGGAGACGGCAAUGGAAAGAAUCAACUCUCCAAUCCCUGUGGUUUAGCUGUUGACGAUCAUCAAACUGUCUACAUUGCUGAUUCUUGGAAUCACCGUAUCGUGGCAUGGGAACUUGGUGCGACAACUGGCCGAGUUGUGGCUGGUGGAAAUGGCGGUGGGAACCGUGCUGACCAACUGACGAGUCCGACAGGUGUGAUUAUCGAUAAAAAAAGAGAUUGCCUCAUCGUUUGCGAACAUGAAAAUAAAAGAGUAGUUCGUUGGCCUUGUAAAAAUGGUACACGUGGAGAAACGAUCAUCUCGGGUGUUCAGUGUUAUGGCUUAACAAUGGACGACCAAGGAUACCUCUAUAUUCCUGACUACAACAAACAUGAAGUCAGACGAUAUCGAAUCGGAGACACUCAGGGAACAGUGGUGGCCGGUGGGAAUGGAUCAGGUAAUCGUCUCGAUCAACUGAAUUGUCCCAGAUACGUUUGCGUCGAUCGAGAGCAAUCAGUGUAUGUAUCAGAUUACAACAACCGCCGUGUAACGAAGUGGAAGAAAGAUGCAAGAGAAGGAGUUUUUGUGGCGCAGUUAUCACUACCGUACGGAGUUGUCGUUGAUCACUUGGGUACUGUUUAUGUUGCUGAUCAUUCCAAUCAUCAAAUAAUGCGUUGGCCUCAAGGAGUCACACACGGAACUGUCAUCAUUGGUGGAAAUGGCAGAGGGAAUCAGCCAAACAAACUCUCUUGUCCGCACAGUUUAGCAUUUGAUCAACAUGGCAGUCUUUAUGUGAGCGAUCUCGAAAAUCAUCGCAUACAAAGGUUCAACGUUGAUCGGAAUUAA